CAUCAAUGCAAGGAGAAGUAUAGAAGCCAGGGUUCAAGAAUGCGCAACCUCCAAGGCUUCAUUCUUUAUAACCGAUCAGUUGUACUUGCUUCUCGCACCAGCAUCACCACCGGAACCAUACUGAAAUUUUCUCAGUAGCCCGCCUUGUUGAUGUUUCGUCAGAAGAUAACCAGCUAUGAUCUCAGGCUUGACCAAUCAUGCAUAUUCAUGCCCGAGGCACGGAAUUCAGCGACGGCUCCUUCGAUAACCGGGUCGUUCAACGUUGCUUUUCCCCCAGGUGUGCGCAUCAAGAGCAUCAAAGUGAAACUGAAAGGAAUGCUCCAUGUCCCUCGCGAUGGCUUCAUGAUCGCCGAAGACCGCGUGCAAAGCACAUGCGAACACAAGCAAGUACUCGCCUCGUCCAAGACGCUGGGCUCCUUUCCUAUGCCAGAAGGACAGCAUGAGUUCCCCUUUGACAUCCCGCUACCGCGCAAGUUCCUCGAGACGGUGACGGGUGUCAAGCACAAUUACCACUCGUACAAGGUCGAGGCGACGGUGGCGUUCCGAUACAGGAGAAAUCUCGUGGUCUCGAAACCCAUCCGGAUCUACCACGAUUCAGACCUGGAGGCGAACUACCUGACGUCGGACUUUUCGCCGACAGUAGGAGGAAGCUUCGACCAGAAACUGCAGUACUCGGUCUCGAUGCCCAGCCAUUACAUCCCCUUCGGCUCCCGGUUCCCCGUUGACUGCCAAUUCACAGCCGUGUCCAAGGAUGUCAAACUUCUCGCCAUCACCGUCAAGGUCGCUGAAAAGCACUUCAUCCGCCUGGACGCCACGGCGGCACAGUCGGCGCGCGACAACAUCUACUCGAUCACAUCCCUGAAGAACCACACCAUCUUCACGGAGCGAUUCGAAGUCACGGGGGGGCACGCCGAUGACUCCCAAAGCGACUCUGCCGCGGCGACAGAAUGGUGCAUCAGCAAGCUGGCUUGCCUGCCCCCGAGCUUCGAUUCCUGCUCGCAGACGACCGCGACGAAGCGCAUCAAGAUCAGCCAUCGAUUGGUGGUUAGCGCCGAGUUCCAGGAUGCCACCGGGAAGGUCUUUACUGAGACGGCCAAAUCCAUCCCGUUCUGCAUCUACAUGACCCCCUCGGUGAUCGGACAGGAUGGAUCCAUCUGCAACAAGACGAUCCAUGACAUUCGAGAGCCGCCGCCGCUGUACGGGGACCAUAUCCUGCAUCCGAAGCUGCUGGGGUCGACGGGGGAUGGGGAUGGGGCAACAUGUGCACAUACGGAUCUUGUGCCUCCUUGGAAUGACUGUCAUGACCUGAACGCUUUGGGGCCUGCGCCUUGCUAUGAUACACUGGAGCACCCGGCACCUGCCUAUAUUGCUUAAUAUAAUACCAGGAUCUGUGUUAUGAU